AUGAAAACUGUUAUUCUCACGCUACUUUUCGCCCUAGGGGUCUCAGCUGAGCCCCCGCGAACCAUGAGCAGUUUGUGCUCUUAUUUGGAUGAAGGAAAGGACAUGGCUUCCAAUCUCGGCAACACCAAGACAUGUUUUGCUCGCUAUUUACCGGAACUAGAAAGUCAAGGAGCAACCUGGUCACAGGGAUACAGUGUCUGUCAAAAGAGUGCUACCAAUGAGCGACAGUCCCUGCUAACAGAUGCCUCUGAGGCUCAGGAAAAUAUUAGAGAAGCUGCCUUAAGAAUGAGUUCCUUUAUUGACCAGUGUUUGGCACUGACGGAGUCUCUGGACUUUUUUAACUGCUUUGCCAAAAUGACCAAGCUCCAGUUAGCCAAUGUCUAUAAUAUAUCAUUUAAUGCCGCCGAGCAAGCGUUGAUCCUAAAUAAGAAAUUGGGUAGCAUCGAAAUGGAGCACUACCGAUGCACAAAUCAAACCGAACAUAAUUAUGUCAAAGGAACCGAUAACAUCUUUCGAUCGUUGGAUAAGUGUCUACAGCAGAAUGAGACAUAA